AUGUCGUAUAGAUCCGUAAGUGCGUCAGAGGGAUCUACGAAUGAUUCUGAUACUCUCGUUCAAUCAUCGCAGGUUGGAGACGAUGUUGAAAGCGGAAGCAUGGCCCCGCCUGUUGGCGAACAGGGCCAGUCGGACGGUCUUGCAGAGCAUGGCGACGAACAAGGUCAAAAUGUAUGGCAGAAAUUGAAGGGGUUCUACGAGAGGAACAUUGGUCUAUUCUUCGUGUUCCUCGCCCAAGUUUUCGCGUCGCUGAUGACAAUGACAACACGGCUGCUCGAGACGGGCUUCGAGACGAAGUUCCACGCCUUGCAGAUCAUCUUCGUGCGCAUGCUUGCGACGGCGAUAUUGGGUUCUCUGUACAUGUGGUACAAGAAAGUCCCCGACUUUCCGCUUGGCCGUCGUGAUAUUCGGGGCCUCCUGGUGUUGCGGGGGCUGACUGGCUUCACGGGCCUUUUCUGUUCUUACUACUCGCUCUCGUAUUUGAACAUAUCAGACGCCACGGUGAUUUCCUUCCUGGUACCAACUAUGACUGCCUUCAUAUGUUUCAUAGCUUUAAGAGAACCUUUUACGGUGAAAGAGGCCAUAGCAGGUUUGAUUGCAUUCGCUGGCGUGCUCUUUAUCGCCCGACCGACGUUUCUCUUUCCGCAGCAUCGAUCACACGAGCCGGAGAUCAACGGGACGAGCUUAUUUAUGGUAGACCAGCCAAAGGGCAUAGUCCCCUCUGUGCCUGCAACACCGGCUGAACGCUCUAUCGCCGCGCUCUUGGCCGUCAUCGGCACGUUUGGCGCUGCUGCCGCGUACUCCACGAUUCGAGUUAUCGGGAAGCGUGCACACUCGCUCGUGAGCGUCAACUACUUCGCUGUUCUUGCGACCGUCGGGUCGUUCGCUAUUAUCCUUAUUGUUCCGGACUUGCACUUUGAGAUUCCUCAGAAUGUCACGCAAUGGACUUUACUGGUAGCUAUAGGCAUAGCGGGAUUCUUGCUACAGUUCCUCCUGACAGAGGGUCUGCAGAGGGAGAAGGCGGGUAGAGCGACGAAUCUCAUAUAUACGCAAAUGGUUUUCGCGCUCAUCCUCGAGAGAGUGGUCUGGGGCACAACACCUCCCGUCGAAAGUCUCUUUGGUAGUGCCUUGAUUAUCGGGUCUGCGAUAUGGGUUAGUCUACAGAAAAGUAGAACGGCCACCAAGCAGAAAGCUCCGGUCGUCGAUGAAGAGCGGAGCCUUUUAGGGGCUGAUGCUCCUAUAGAGAGUCGUGAGGACUAA